AUGGCAAGAUGGCUUGAUUUCUUCUCCAAGUACAACUUCGUCGUGCACUACAAGCCAGGAAAGACCAACAUUCUUGCUGACGCGCUGUCACGAUACCCGGAUUACGACCCUCGGAUGGCAUUGAGUCGUCAGUCUACUGACGACGACGAUGAGGACGAUCGGUGUGCGACGUGUGUGUCAUUGAACUUUACUCGAGUCACACCCGAGUUAUGCCAUUUCGAUGAAUUCGUCGUGGCUUACGCGAACGAUCCAGAUCAUGCGGACAUGAAUGCCUAG